AAACAGAGGGGUAAAAAUGUAAAUUCAACUACAGAAGCAAUUUAUCUUAGCAAGUAGCAGAUCCUCAUCCUCUCCCUCUCCGCGCACCAGAUAAACAAUGGCGUUAACUCUACCCAACACAUUUCUCCAAAUCAAGCCUUCUCCUCCUAUCAUAAAGCAGAAACAGGUGGUGAGUGCGAGGAGUGGUAAUUCGCCAUUGAUAACCUGUAGGAAGAAGGACAUACACCCUGAGUUCCAUGAGGACGCGAAGGUUUACUGCAACGGGGAGCUGGUGAUGACGACGGGUGGGACACAGAAGGAGUACGUGGUGGAUGUGUGGUCCGGUAACCACCCGUUCUACCUCGGCAACCGCAGUGCCGUCCUUGUCGACGCCGACCAGGUUGAGAAGUUCCGCAAGAAGUUCGGUGAGUUGUCGGAGAUUAUGGAGAUUCCUGUCCUCAAGGGGGAGAUUGUCCUUCCCACCAAGCGUAGGUCCCCUGGCAAAGGCAAGAAGAAGUGAUUGCUUUCUCCCUUUCUUCCCUUAUUCUUCUGAGUAAAUUCACUCUUUUUUUUUUUUCUUUUUUUGGUUUGUUUCAAAUCUUGGUUUAGAGUUGUGAUUGAUUUGUUUCCUGGAUUAAUGAAAUGUGUACAUUGUGGUUGGAAGAAUGUCUUUUAUGUGUAUGA